CCCGAUAUCACAGACCAUUUCACCAUGAGAGGUUCCAGAAAAAAAGAGGAGAUCCUGUCGUUAGAGGCCCCUAUUGAAAUGAAACUCAAAACGGUCACACUGGCCAACAAGAAGCCCUGGCGGAUCUUGCGCUAUAACUCCAAGGUCUCGCCCGUGCCGCUGCCCGAGCCUCAGACCGACCUAGCCGCAUUGCCUGUGCCCACGUUGACUGCGGAAACACACUCGUUCACAACACGCAAGGCCUCGCCCAGACGGCCUCGCCCCAAGCCGGGCCAGCCCGCAGAAUACGUCUUCAUCGACUUGUCGCCGCAGCGCAAGACUUGCUCGUCCACCAGCUCCAACGAGUCGGAGGCCUCCCAGACAACUGCCUCCACCCGUGCGUCGUCUGUGCCGUCGAUUCCUGAGGAGACCUUGACAAAAAAGCCGAGCAAGAUGUUCAGCGGGCUUUUCAAAAAGGCCACGUCUGUGGCACAGCCCCUUGCCUACCCGCAGGCGAACCUUCAGGCCAACACCCAAACGCCCCAGGCAAGACUCCAGUCUGGUUCCGCCAUGCCUAACUCUACAAAUCAAUCAUACCAACCAUCCGCACACCCCCUUUCGUACCUCAGUUCAUCGCCGGUGCGGCCGAAUCCGGUAAAGCGCUCGUACGCGUCCUUCACUGAAACGCCCAUUGUCGCGCCGGCGACGAGACACCGCUCGUCCUCUUCCAUUACGUCGUUGUGUCUCUCUGUGGGAGAAAAUGGCCGGGCUGUGCUACAGCCGACUCCCCAUGGCUCCGGUAAGCGCAUGUCGAUGUGUUCGUCGUCCAGCGAUCUCACCGUUGGCCAGGGUCAGGGGAUUACCCCGACAGUUAUCCUGGUGAAUUCCCAGGCCAACCUUCAGGCAAAUUUCCAGGCAUAUUCUCAGGCCAAUUUCCAGGCGUAUUCUCUGCGCUCAUCACCCAUCCUCCGCCACUCGUCGCCGCCGAUCUUUGAGGAGCUCUCCGGGCCGCAAAUCCCGUCAUAUAGUUUGGCCAGUGCGCCCAGCCCGCGCUUCGGCGAUGUUUCGCACUCGCCGGAGGAUGACGACGACUACCAGAGCAUUAGCCAGUCGCAGAGUGAGGCCGAUGACGAUGACGACGCGAUGGCCGCGUUCACCAAGAUCAUUAAUCGCCGCAACCAGAUCUCUGAGCGCAAGCGAGCCAACACUAUCGGUAACACCCAUCUGGAGAAUUUCCAGAACGCGGUUGCCGGGGUUUCGCCCGGAGGACUUACCUCGCUUGGGCGAAACCUCUUGGCACGCAAGCCGCGGCCGCGGUCCAUGGUCAUCACCCAACCGCUCCAGCGGGCGAAUGUUUCCGUCGCGACAAACAUGUCAAAUCUAAGCAUUGUCUCAAAGAAGGUCAGUCCCGUGCGCAACUCGGCGACAAGACUUUUUGCGCGCAGCACCUCCACUGCCAGCUUCCAGAGCCUCCAGCGCGGCUCGUCCAUGGCUCCAGCAUCUUCACCUAUGGACUACGAAACUGUCCCACCACGCCACACGCGAACCUUCUCGUCAGUGUCGAUUUCCAACAGCUACCCCCACGCGCGGUCGCAGUCGGACGUCCAGUCGGUGGAGAGCCCAGUCGACCACGUUUACUUUGACUCGUUUAGGAGCUAUCCCGAACAGAAGGUGAAGCUUGUUUUGGGACCGCCGUUGGAAGUUCUGGGUGAGACGACGACGGAAGGGGAGUACCGAUUUCCCUCAAGUCAGGCGAAUACGAAGGCGGAUCCGCAGGCGAGCCGUCCGAGCGAACAAUGGCCUCACCCCGAGGACGUCCCGACGAAUGAUGUUAGUGAAAAUAUAUGGCCUUGUGACACGCUCGACAUGUUUGAGGCCCAGCCACACCAACAGCAAGUUCAGCAGCACUUUCAGAAUCUCUCGCGCACGGCGGUGCAGCCAGCUGAGAAAAUCGACCUAAGUGUGGGCUUCCCCGCUCCAGGUUAUAGUGAAACGUUCCCAUUCUAUGCCCUGGACGUGUAUCACCAAUCGAAAGACACGUUACUCUUCGAAGGGCCGCCAAUGGGGAGUUUUAGUGAGUACGAUAUGAACCUCAUGAGCGCGAUUCCCGUCAAAAAUGGGAACAAUCCGCUCCACGAGUUGGAUGAUUUUGACAUAGACAACUUUGUGACGUAUGACGGGGAGUACUAGGUAAGUUCGAAUCGUGUAAAUGCCUAAUUAUGAAGUUAUGAAAAAAGAAAAAAAAGAAAAAAUAUAUAUAUAUAAAAAAAUAAAAAAAAU